AUGGAUAAGACAGAUUAUUUUAAUUUUAGCGAGGAAAGUACCAUCUCAAAACUAAGCGAAAUAUAUGAAAUUGACCAAUCCACCAUAAUAAAUGUCUUGGAAAGAAAUAGUGAUCUUCUAGAUGACUUGAAUAAUUCAUUUACAAAUAUUACAAAAACCUUAGAUGGUAUUAAUUUUGAAGAAAUUAUAGAACUGCCACCACCAUCACCACUGAUAACAAUAAUAUCAUCAUCAAACUCAAACGACAAUUCUGAAGAAAAACGCUAA